CUUCUUCACAAACCACAACAACACACUCUCACCCAAUACUAUCAUUCUUCUUCUUCAGAUUCAAAAAAAAAAAUCUCAUAACUACAAUGGAUUGGUUCUCAUGGCUCUCGAGGACGAGUCUCGAAGCUUCUCUUAUCUACGAGUACGGUCUCUCUUUCUCAAACAACGAGCUCGAGUACGAGGACAUCGCUUACUUCAACCACGAGUUUCUCCAGAGCAUGGGGAUCUCAAUCGCUAAACACCGCCUCGAGAUCUUGAAGCUAGCUCGCCGUGAUCGAAAACAUUCUCCGCUCACUGCUCGUUCCAUCUUCAGAGUCUUGACUGCGAUCAAGAAGACCGGGAAAUGCUUCUCCCAGUACGUCCGGGCCUGGAUCCGACGAGAGGAGUCGUCUCGGGCACUCGUGGUUGUGUCCAGCAGCAACGGGAACGGGAGAUAUUGGAAAGGAGCGUUGCUGAAGAGGAAGAAGAGAUCGGCGAUAAGCAAAUGGAACAAUAGAGAUAGUGAUCCAGAAAAAAAGAAGCAAAAAAGCAUUAUAUGCUCCAUUUCCCCACAGCGUGAUUAA